AUGGCAAAGAAUGGGGCAUCUUCUUCAAAUCCUAUUGCUACAUGGAAUGCCCACAAUAUAUCUAUAUUUUGUGAUAUUUGCAUCAAGGAGGUUGAGGCCGGACAUCGUCCGGGCACUCACUUUGACAAAGAUGGAUAUGCAAAUAUUAGAGCUAACUUCAAGGCAGAGACAGGGCAUGAUUAUGAAAGAAAGCAACUGAAAAAUAAGUGGGAUGCACUUAAAAAUGAGUGGAAGUUGUGGAAAGAGCUAGUUGGUAAAGAAACUGGCCUAGGGUGGAAUUCGAGCAAGGGUACCGUUGAUGCCUCUCAGGAGUGGUGGAAUAAUAAAAUUCAGAUAAACAAAGAAUAUGGAAAAUUCCGAAAAAAGGGCAUUAGUCCUGAGAUGGAGGACAAGUUAGAUAGCAUGUUCUCGAAUACAGUUGCUACCGGUGAACAUGCCUGGGCACCUUCCUCUGGAGUACUACCACCAGAUACAAGAGAUGAAUCUAUAGGACAAGUUGAUUCAGAUGAUUCAGAUGAAAUUGAGACCAUGCAGGAUAUAAGGCAAGCUAGUAGGAAGGGAAAAAAAGAGCGGCUAAGCAAGGAGAAUUGCAAAACAAGAAAGGGAAAAAAAUUGGAGGUGCUGCAAAACUUUGUGGUCAAAUUGACCGUCUUGUUGAAGUUUAUGAAACUAGGAGUUCUGCAAACUCAUUGA